CGAUGAAUGGUUCAUGGUUGGGGAUGUCCCAUGGUGCAUUGGGCUCCCCUCCUCAUCCUGCUCUCCGUGUUUUCACUGUAUCAUCCAGGCCUCUGAGCCCAAGCAGACCAAAUAUGGAAGCGGUGGGACUUUCUGCGUGGGGCUUUGAGCUCAGUGUAAGAAAAAGAAAACAGUGACAGCACGUCUGCGUGUCCACCCCCCACCCGCAGCCUCAACCCCCCACUCCCACCUGCUGGAGGAUGACGCAGCGCCUCACCUGGGUGGAAAAGUCCUUUUAAUGGUGGAAACGCGCUGCGCUCACAGACAUCCAUGUGUGUGCGUGAGCAGGGGCAGCCCAGUCAGUGCGCGAGGGUCCCCUGGCACCGUGGGGCCCCCAGAACCCCUCGGUCGGUGAGAGGCUCCCCCCUCCUGACGUCAUGUCUGGAGGCAGGCUGCGCGCGCUGCUGACACUCUUCACCUCCAACUGAGAAACUUUCCUGAACUUGUGCAGCUCUCCAGCCUGUCAGGGGGCGCAGAGGGACCGCAGCGGCGCGCACUAACGCGGACACGGGGGGACGUUUGUCUCUUCAUGGCCCGUUUUCUCUGAAACUGGUCGUUUUGGAGGAUCCGCCUGCGCGUAAAGGGAACUUUGUCAGCUUACUGGAGGCUCGGGAACGCACGGCUUUCCUGACUUGGAAGAAGUGAAACCGUCUCGGACCCGGACUCUUUUUCCUCCCCGCAAACUUGAGCUUGACUGCGGGCAUGGCGUGGGUCAGACGGGGCCUCUUCCUCUGCGUGGGGCUGCUCCUCUCCGCGGCGUGUGCGUCUGUGGAGCGACAGCGGAGCCGCGGGGGCUUCAGGAGGGUCUACGUGCUGCAGCCCGGGGUCGCGCCGGGGCCCGGUUCGGCUGCAGGGGACGGCACGCUGCGCGUCAGCUCCAUCUCGGCGCGUCACGGCCCGGCCGGCCAGCCGCUCUCCUAUAACGUGGAACUGAGUGCCAAUCUCGGAGGGCAGGUUCGAACCCGCAGGAUGGGGAACCAGCCGCAGCAGCUGCAGCCAGCGGGGGUUCGGCAGAGCGGAGCGGAGCAGAACCGGCAGCUGCUGACCCUUUCCGGGGUGAAUGUCUGCGGAGGACAGUGCUGCCAUGGAUGGAGUCAAGCUCAGGGAUCGCAGCGCUGCACAAAACCCAACUGCAUUCCUCAGUGCCAGAAUGGAGGAAUGUGCCUCAGGCCCCAGCUCUGCGUCUGCAAACCGGGCUCACAGGGUACAUCAUGUGAACAGACAACGGUCCAAACACUUCCUUAUCCAGCACUGCCCGAGGGUGGACACACCAACGGAAACAACGUGGUACCGCAGCGGCCCAUUCCCCAACAAGUGUCCCCCAGUGGGCAUGGCUCCGCAUCAGCUUCAGUGAACAACAUGGCCCAGAUGAAGCUGACUGUGAAGGCAGCGCCACAGUUUGUUCGACCCCAUUACAUCCAGCAGCACAUCCAGCAUCAGAUCCGGCCGGCAUCUCUGCAACCUGGACAGACUCAGAAGUACAUCAUAAAACCCAAAUACUACCACACACACAGCAGACACACACACGUCCAGCCGGAGAGGCCCAUCCCUCUGGGCAUGGGACACAACCCCAUCUAUGCGGCAGCAGCGGGCAACCACACCGGCAGGAUCAAGGUGGUCUUCACACCCACCAUCUGUAAGGUGACCUGCGUCGGAAGCAGAUGUCACAACAACUGCGAGAAAGGAAACACCACCACCAUCAUCAGUGAGAAUGGCCACACCACAGAUACGCUGACGGCCCCCAACUUCAGAGUUGUGGUGUGCCACCUGCCAUGUAUAAACGGGGGGAAGUGCAGUGCCAGGGACAAGUGCCAGUGCCCUCCAAACUUCGCAGGAAAGUUCUGCCAGAUGCCGGUUCAGAAUGGAGGCCAGCAGCACCAUCAGACUUUGGGUUCCUACAGCCAGACUCAGGUUCACUCCAUGCACACGCUGCCUCUGACCUACAGCAACGGCAAGACUCCCGGAGUGGUCAACAUCCACAUCAACCACCCCCCAGAAGCCUCUGUUCAGGUCCACCAAGUGUCCCAGCUGGACGACUACCACCACAACGGCCACCAGCAGAAGGGCUCCCAAGCAGGCUCCUCGUCGUCCAGCAGCUACAGCUACCACCACUCCGAGAGCAGCCAGAAGGUUCAGCACCACAGCUACAACGUGGUUUAUCCUAACCAGCAUGGCUACCACGUUUCUCAGUACCAGCCUGUCACCUCCAAGAACGCUCUGGGACGCUGCUUCCAGGAGACGGCAGCAGGGCAGUGUGGGAAGGCUCUGCCGGGACUCACCAAGCAGGAGCGCUGCUGUGGAGUCAUCGGGACCUCCUGGGGGUUCCACAAAUGCCACAAGUGCCCAAACAAGUCCUCUAUCCCUCUGAUAGACUGUCCUCAGGGCUACAGGAAGGUGAACAGCUCCCACUGCCAAGAUGAGGAUGAAUGCCAGCUGCAGGGCGUGUGUCACAAUGGAAACUGCCUGAACACAGUGGGCAGCUACAGGUGCACCUGCUCGCCCGGCUUCAUCCCCGACGCCUCCCUCACCAAAUGCAUUCCCAAUGCGCCUGUCGUCCAGGAGGAGAAGGGCGCUUGCUUCCGUUUGGUCAGCUCGGGGAGGCAGUGUUUGCACCCGGUGUCUGCCCAGCUGAGCAAACAGCUCUGCUGCUGCAGUGUGGGCAAAGCCUGGGGCCCUCGCUGUGACAAAUGCCCCCCUCCUGGAACAGCUCAAUUUAAGGAAAUCUGUCCGGGCGGGAUGGGCUACACCGUUCUACCCAACCCUCCUGCAAGCAAACCUGUGACGGUUCCCCAGGAGGCCCAGGACCUUUCCACCCCUCCUCCACUGCCAACGCCACGGAGGCCCGUGGAGAUCCUGCCAGAGAUCAUAGAGAACACUUCCCCUCCUGUUCCUAGGGAGAUCCUUCCAUCCAACGCCGGCCAGGACAUCGCUCCCACUCAGUCAGCUGAGGUGGAUGAAUGCCAGGUCAACCCUUACAUUUGUGGGCAGGGGAUUUGCUACAACACUGCCGAUGGCUACACCUGCCACUGCUACGAGGGGUACCGCCCCGAUGACGCCCAAACCACCUGUGUGGAUGUGGAUGAGUGCCAGGACGAGCAGGUCUGCAUACAAGGCCACUGCCAGAACACCAGAGGCUCCUUCUUCUGUGAGUGUGGGCCUGGAUUCAGAACGUCAUCGGCUGGAGACCAGUGUGACGAUGUGGACGAGUGUGUGGAGGAGGCGGCGCCGUGUGGAUCUGUGGGAGAAUGCCUCAACAACGUGGGCUCGUACAGCUGUGUGUGUCCUGACGGAUACAGGCAGAUCAACGACACCCGGUGCAGAGAUGUGGAUGAAUGUGUGGAAGAGGCGGAGCUUUGUUCCCCCCAUGGAAGAUGUCUGAACACAGAAGGGUCCUACAUGUGUCUGUGCGACAGCGGCUUCUCUGCCAGCCCGGAUUCGCUCUCUUGUGAAGAUGUCAAUGAGUGUGGGUUGAAUGAGAGUCGCUGUGGCCCCCACGGCUUCUGCGUCAAUGUGCCGGGUUCAUUCCAGUGCCUCUGCGACCAGGGCUACCAGGAGUCCCAGGACGGCCAAAGUUGUGAGGACGUGAAUGAGUGCGAGCUGCUGAGCAGUGUUUGUGGAGAGGCCGAGUGCGUCAACGUGAACGGUUCUUUCCUCUGCGAGUGCCCUCGAGGCCAGAACUACAACGUCAGGGUUGCCAAGUGUGAGCCCAUUUCCACAGGGUCCUCAGUGGAGCGCAAGGAGUGCUACUACCACCUGGACAACGAGAACCUGUGUGAAAGCGUGCUGAAGAGCCAGACCACGCUGCAGGAGUGCUGCUGCACGCUGGGAGCCGGCUGGGGGGACAACUGCGAGGUGCAUCCCUGUCCUGUCAACGGCACAGACCAGUUCAACCAAAUGUGUCCGUCCGGAAAAGGUUUCAUCCCGAGUGUAGACUUGCUGUAUGGGAUUCCCACUUCUGACAGCUACAAAAAUGCGGAUGAGUGCGCCAUGUUUGGCCAAGAGGUGUGUAAAGAUGGCUUCUGCCUGGAUAAGGAGGGAACUUAUGAGUGCUACUGUAAGACCGGACGAUACUACGACCCCGUCAAGCUGGAGUGCAAAGACAUCAACGAGUGUCAGGAUGAGUCUGUGUGCGAGGGCGGACAGUGUAUGAACACAGACGGUUCAUUCAUGUGCUUCUGCACUCCCCCCAUGAUGUUGGAAACCAAAACAAACCGCUGCAUCUUUGCUGCUGCUCUGACCGAGCAACAGGAGCCGGAGCAGACGAUUCAAGGAAUCUGCUGGCAGAUGGUGACCAACACCAAUAUGUGCUCAGAGCCGCUGGGCGACAACAGGAAGACCACAUUCACAGAGUGCUGCUGCCUGCAUGGAGAAGCGUGGGGCAUGCAGUGCGCCCUGUGUCCUCCCCGAAACACAGAGGACUAUGCACAUAUUUGUAAUUUGCCUUUGGGCGUGGGGCGACGGCCGUACGGUCAGGACGCCCUGGUUGCCGGUCUGGUCCACGAAUAUGAAGUGAGCCCCGACUACUCACUGUUGCCGGAGCAUCAGCCGCCCCCUCGGUUCUACGAAAGAGAAGAAGAGCCGUACAAAGCCUUCGAGGGUCUUCUGGCGGAGGAGUGUGGGAUUCUGAACGGCUGCGAGAACGGCCGCUGUGUCCGGGUCCAGGAGGGCUACACCUGUGACUGCUUUGACGGAUACACCCUGGACCUGUCCCGCAUGGCCUGCGUGGAUGUGAACGAGUGCUCAGAACUGAACAGACGGAUGUCUCUGUGCAGAAAUGCAAAGUGCAUCAACACAGUGGGCUCCUAUCAGUGCGUGUGUCUGCCGGGCUUCAGAGUCUCUGACAAACCCAACUACUGCGUGGAGGCAGACUCACGGCAGACGUCCUCACACACGCAGUGAUGGACUCUACAACCACAAACACUUGUAGGGCUGUACCAGUGAGGAUGUUCUUCCGCCACACUGAAGCCUCACCAGAGCUCAGCUCCGCCCCCAAGCAGCACGUCCCUGCUGGAACGGCAGCGCCUUCAGAGCACUUUUUUACCACACGCAAACAGUUUCCUGACGUCUUCAUGAAACAUCAGCAUCUGUUCUUAAAGGGCGGGGCCAGACAUCUGACUCCCCCUCUCCCUUCUGCAGGAAGCGUUUGUCUCAGAUCUGUCCAAGUGUGCAAACACAAAUCUGAACACAAAACCCCACUUAACUCUUUUAAUCCAGCUUCACUGUAUGUGAGGACUUCCUGUGAGGAAUCUUAAAUCUCCACCUUUUUUUUUUAGAGAGCUUGGGUUCAUUUUGUUCCAGGGAGCAACAGAUUUUGACCGUUGUUUGUUCUGACUGCUGAUUUGAAAAAAAGCAACAAUAUUGAGAAAGAUCCAAAGAUGAAUGUGAUAAUUUAUCUUCCAACAUGCUGCUAAUGAACAAAAGGAACAGUUGAUUUGAAAAUGAAAUGAAUGGAGAUUAUUAUGAUCGGAACUGCUGCAAGUCUAAAUAACUCACUUAUCAGACUGAGGAAUUUCCAUAUAAUGUGUCAGUUUCAGAUGCAAAUUAAUCCACUAAAUUUAAAUACUGUUCCCUUCUAAGUUUGCAUGGAUUGUUCUUUGAUUUCAGUUCUCUGGAAUAUGAAAAAUACAAAUUUUCAACAAGUAGGAAAGCAACAUUUUUUACAGGAAUUAGUCAGAUCCCUCCUUCAAAUUACUCAUUAUAGGACAGUCACAAAAAUUAGAAUCUUAAACUUGAAGAAAAACCUUAACUCUAAGUCAGUUAUGGGAGAAUAUUAAGUGGCUCUAGCGAAACAUUAAAGAACAAGACAAAAAAAGCCUCUUUAAAGGCUCUUAAAAAUGUAAGUCAUGUCUACAAGGAACAAGUAACAUCUUUCCAGGAAUUAGUCUGAUUCCUCUUUUUAAACUCUUUCUUGGACAGACACAACAUUAGGAUGUACAUCUUGACAAAACAACCAAACACCAGUCCAUUCAUGAGAAUAUUUACCUUAACAAAAAGAACAGUUAUAAAAGAAGCCUCUGGAAUAUGAAAAAAUCCAACAAGUAGAAAGCAACAUGUUUCCAGGAAUUAGUCUGAUCCAUCUUUGAAAUUCUUCUUUAUUGGGCAGACAUGAAAAAUAUGAUCUUAAACUUGAAGAGAGUUAAACAACAAUUUAGCAUUUAGUGGAUUUAUUGAAACAAACAAUGCAAAAAAGAAAUUUUUAACUUUUGUUUUUUUUUUCUGUUGCUAAAAAAGUAAGAACCAAUACCUAGCCAACUCCAUUCAGGAUGCUGAUCCUAAAUAUCAGUGGACAGAGCCCACCCAUCUACAUUUACAAGCCCACUCAGUCAGACGGUGUCUUACAGCUACUCUUCAGGACAGAUGAAAGCCAAAAAAGAAAACAGCCAAAUAAAAGCUUUAAAAUCAUGGGAAAAGGUCCAGAUGUAAUCCGAGCCGCUCCUUCCACAAUAAAACGUUUGCUUUUUGUGUGAAUUUUUCUGCUGUAUAAAUGGGUUUCAUUUGUAUCUGAACAUUUAAGUGUCAAACCUUCCAGAGGUUCAGAUCUGCACGUCUGUGUCCUCCCCAUCGUCCUGAUCCCCAACAAGAACAGAAACCACACACCUGUACUUCAUAUUCUGCACUGUACCAUGAAUUAAAAGUAAACCACUUGAGAUGAAGACUUGGCAUCAUCUGGGUGGAGAAUUGAAGCUGUUUAAAGUGUAUGUUUAUUUGGUGGCACUUUUCUGUGUCACAACAGGCGGUUCUGCUCAUUUAGCUCCUUGACAAACCCAUUGUACGGACUUGUGCUGGGGGAUUAUUGUGGAUAUUUAAAUGUGUAGGAGGCCAGCUGUCUGUCUGCCCCUUCGCUCCUCCAUCACCGAUCUCCUGCUGCCACGAGGAAAAACCCCUCUUCUGAGCGCCUCUCUGGGAAACCUGGCCCGCUUCGCAAAGCCACUUCAGACAACGAUGGGAGAGAAGAACCCUGUGCACAUCUAAGCUGAAAAAUGGAGAAAACCGCUCCAUUGUAAUUUGUACAUGAAUGAAUAGCUUUUUCUAUGAAUUCAUAUCAAAAUGUACAUUAAAGCCCUUAAAAUAA